CUUACUCCAUCGUUCUCUGUUCCCCUUUUGCUUCUCUCUCCCUCUCUCUCUCGAGAUUUUCCGUCAAAAUAAUUUUAAAAACUCCGUCAAAAUAGAAUCGAGAGGAAGAUUUAAACAGAAACAAUAACAAAGAGUACAAAAUUUUCAGAUACAGAACUUCUUCUGUUUUAUUUCAUCUUCUCUCCUCUCAGAGUUUUAUAUGUAACAAGAAACAGACACACGAACAACACUUUGUAUCUUAUGCUUCUCUCUCUCUCUCUCUCUCUGUCUCCACAGAGUAAAGUUCUGAUCUUGAUCUCGUCUCUUCUGCAGUUUGUUCCUCCAACUUUUCAGGUUAAAUAAAGAGUCUUUUCUUUAUGGUGAAGAUUGUUGUACCUUUAGAUUAGUCUCCAUUGUGAUUUAUAGAAAGGAACUGUUCUUAUAUAAUCUCUGCCCUUAAGUAGGAGAAAGAGUUGAAGGAAAAGAUUAGAACUUUUUUGUAAAAGGAUGGGUAAUAAGCUGGUGGGGAGGAAGAGGCAAGUGGUGGAAGAAAGGUAUACAAAGCCACAAGGCUUGUAUGUGAAUACAGAUGUCGACAUUAAGAAGCUCAGGAAACUCAUUGUAGAGUCUAAGCUUGCUCCUUGCUAUCCUGGGGACGAUGAGAGCUGCCACGAUCUUGAAGAAUGCCCCAUUUGCUUCCUGUACUAUCCUAGCCUCAAUAGAUCAAGAUGUUGCAUGAAAAGCAUUUGUACAGAGUGUUUUUUGCAAAUGAAGAAUCCUAAUUCAGCACGGCCUACUCAGUGCCCCUUUUGCAAAACACCAAACUAUGCUGUUGAGUACCGUGGAGUGAAGACCAAGGAGGAAAAGGGCAUGGAACAAGUUGAAGAGCAAAGGGUUAUAGAAGCAAAAAUAAGGAUGAGGCAGAAAGAAAUGGAGGAGGAUGAAGAGAAAAUGCAGAAACGUAUGGAAUCAUCAUGUUCCUCUAGCACAAGCGCUAUGACUGGUGAAAUGGAAUACGGUUCAGCUUCAGCUAUAUCUUAUAAUGAUCCCAUGGAAGAACCUGAAACUGCUUCGGUUGCUAGACAAGGCUCUCUCCCUCGGGGAAACAGGGGUGAUGAGGCUGAAGCAGACCUUGAAGAGUUAAUGGUCAUGGAAGCAAUAUGGCUCUCCAUGCAGGAAACAGAGAUGCAAAGAGACUCAGGUUGUGGGGAAGUUACACCUUUUAGGCAGAAUGUAUCAGAAGAAGAUCAUAGUUAUGUAGAAGAACAAGCAACACCGUCUUCAUCAUCUGGUGGACAUGCUUGUGCAAUCUCUGCACUUACUGAACGCCGCCAGCAAAUGGUUGGUGAAUCCUCUAAUCACAAUCACAACGUCAGCGUUUCUUCGUACAGUAUGCUUCCUGGCAACUGCGACAGUUACUACGACAUAGAACAAGAGACUGAUGACGUUGACCAUCAACAUUAUAAUCAUCAUCAUCAGCAUAAUCAUUACCAUGACAACGCAGAGAUGGGAGAAACAGGGAGCCACAGCUAUGUAAGCUCUUCUUACAUGAACGGCGGUGAGAGCUUCCACAACUUUCCUCUUCCCCCACCUCCUCCUCUGGUCAUUGCUCCAGAGAGUUUUGAGGAGCAGAUGAUGAUGGCUAUGGCUGUGUCUAUGGCAGAGGUUCAUGCCACGACCACCACAAAUGCACCAACUGAAGUUAGUUGGCAAUAAGCAGGGUAGUAUUGGAAACUCAUGUAUCUGAAUCUUAUGAUUAUCAUUUCAUUCAUAUAAUGUGUGUUCCUAUAGGAAGAAAAGAAAAAAAAACAGUAUUUUUCAGUUUUAAUAGAAAAAGUUGGGUGUAUGUUGAAAGAUACAAAGUGUUGACCAAGAUAAUGUGAACCGGUUUCAGCCUUCUGGUUAAA